CUCCCGCUUCGCCGCCGCAGAGGCGGUCGGAGACCUGUCCCCGCCCCACUGCUGGGGCCCGGGGAUGGGGCAGAGGCGGUCGGGGACCUGUUCCCUCCCCACUGCUGGGGCCCGGGGAUGGGGCAGAGCCGGGACGAGCCCAACUCCCGCCCGCCGCUGGGUGGCGCUGCCCGCCCCGCGGAACGUGAGGCGCCGCCACCUUGUUCCCGGCCGGAGCGCUGAGCAAAACGCACCGCGUCCUGAAACCGGCGCGAUGGCGCGCAGCGGCAAGGCAGCCAUAGUGCUGUGCCUGGAUGUAGGGUAUGCAAUGAGCAGUUCAGCCUCUGGUGAGGAGUCUUCGCUUGAACAAGCCAAGAAGGUUAUGACAAAGUUUGUGCAGCGACAGGUUUUUGCUGAGACAAAAGAUGAAGUGGCUGUAGUUUUGUUUGGCACAGAUGGUACUAGGAAUGCCCUUGCCAGUAGGGAUCAAUACCAAAACAUUACUGUGCAUAGGUCACUUAUGCUACCAGAUUUUGAUCUGCUGGAAGACAUUCAAGAUGUGAUUAAACCAGGCUCGGAACAAGCAGACUUUCUCGAUGCAAUUAUUGUGUGUAUGGACUUGCUUCAGAAGGAAACAAUAGGAAAGAAGUACGAGAAGAGACACAUUGAACUGUUUACAGACCUUAGUAGUCCUGUCAGUGAGGAUCAGCUGGAUAUUAUCAUUGCUAACUUGAAGAAAACUGGAAUUUCACUUCAGUUUUUUCUGCCGUUUCCAGUGGAUGAUGAUGAUGGAGGUGGAGAUAAAAGUGCCAGUGUCUGUUCUCAGAUGCACAGAAACUCUUUUCCAAGAAAGGGUUUAACGGAGCAACAGAAGGAAGGCAUUGAUGUGGUGAGGAAACUGAUGCAUACUUUGGAUGAAGAAGGAGGGCUGGAAGAAAUUUAUACUUUCAGAGAGAGCCUGGAACGUCUUUCAAUGUUUAAGAAAAUAGAAAGAAAAUCUUUGCCUUGGCCCUGCCAGCUCACUAUUGGUUCUAAUUUGUCUAUAAGGAUUGUUGCCUACAAAUCAGUCAUAGAAGAGAAAGUGAAAAAACUUUGGACAGUUGUGGAUGCUAAAACCCUCAGAAAAGAAGAUAUUCAAAAAGAAACUGUUUACUGCUUGAAUGAUGAUGACGAGACAGAAGUUCAGAAGGAUGAUACUAUUCAGGGGUUUCGCUAUGGGAGUGAUAUAGUUCCUUUUUCCAAGGAAGAUGAAGAGCAAAUGAAAUACAAAACAGAAGCAAAAUGUUUUUCUGUUUUGGGAUUCAGCAGAUCCUCUCAGAUCCAGAGGCAAUACUACAUGGGCAACCAGGUUCUGAAGGUCUUUGCAGCGAAAGAUGAUGAGAACGCAGCAGUUGCUUUUUCUGCCCUUGUUCAUGCGCUGGAUGAACUGAAAGUGGUAGCUAUAGUGCGUUAUGCCUAUGAUAGGAGAUGUAACCCGCAAAUUGGGGUAGCUUUUCCGUAUAUUAAGGAUGCAUACGAGUGUCUCAUCUAUGUGCAGCUACCCUACAUGGAAGACUUAAGACCAUACAUAUUUUCAUCCUUGAAAAACAAUAAAAAAUGCACUCCAACAGUGGAUCAGUUAUCUGCUGUUGACUCGUUGAUUGAUUCUAUGAAUUUGGUUUCUGAAGAUGAUGAUGGAGAAACUUUUGAGGACCUGUUUAAGCCCAGCAAAAUACCAAACCCUCAUUUUCAGAGGUUAUAUCAGUGUUUGCAGCAUAAAGCAUUUCACCCCAAUGAACCGUUGCCACCAAUUGAACAGCACCUUCUAGAGAUGCUGGAGAUGCCCCAUGUGGUGAAAGAAAGGUGUCAGGCUCCUCUUGGAAAAGUAAAAGCCCUUUUCCCCCUAAAGGAAGUUAGCAAGAAAAAAGAAGAGAAGACUGCUCAAGACAUCUUCAAAGACAACAGUGAAGAUGGACCCAACCCUAAGAAACCCAAAAUUGAAGAUGAGGAAGGUAGCUUUAGCAUCAUGAAGCUUGCUGAAGGCAGCGUCACCUCUGUUGGCAGUGUUAAUCCAGCAGAAGAUUUCCGAAUUCUGGUGAGGCAGAAAAAUACCGACUUCAAAGAUGUGAGUCAGCAGUUGAUAAACCGCAUUCAUCAGUUCCUGGAAAAUAAAGGUUCACAGUAUUACAUGAAAGGGAUCAAUUGUAUCAGAGUUUUCAGAGAGGAAGCCAUUAAGCUCUCCAAGGUGCAGUGCUUUAAUGAUUUUCUGCAGGCCCUGAAAUCAAAGAUGGAAGAUAAAGCCUUAGCUGAUUUCUGGGAGAUCAUAAUACAAGACAGAAUUUCUUUGAUCACUAAAGAUGAAGCAGAAGGAAGUUCAGUGACUAGUGAAGAGGCUGAAAAGUUCUUGGCUCCAAAAGAAAAGAAAAAUGAAACCCUGCCUCCCACAGAUGAAGGUGGUGAUGUUGAUGAUUUGCUGGACAUGAUGUGACUGGGCGAUAUGUGGUGACUGUGCAAGCAAAGGUUUGGAAGAGAACCCUCUGUGAGAUGGAGCACAAAACCAGGAUGUUAAUGAGAAGACAGUAUAUCCAUCUUUAUUUUCUCGAAUGCGAGCAGAACUCCCAGAGACAUUUCUGUUGUUAUAAAUGUCACCUGACUUCUUAAAACUAGAACAGAAGAUUGAAAUAAUCUGAAGUGUUUUGUGAAGUAAUGAUACUUUUAGGGCAUAUCUUUUUUUUUCCUUUUCAUUUAGCACACUGAAUCUAGCUUAUCCUUGGCAAUGCUUUCAGCUAAACAGUACUAAAUUUAAUGAGAAUCUGUGCUGGCACCUGAAAUUCUUGUUAUAGUACAUUGCCUGGGAAGGAAGAUAGAAAUGUCACAGUGAGGUUACCAGAUAAUGUUGAAUCUUUAGUGGAGGUAACUACAUGGCAUUGUUACACAAGGGGAAAAAAAAAAAUCUAUUUUCAUGCCUUUUUUCUAUUAAAAUAAUAAUAAUAAAAUAACACCACAGAGAGGAAAAAAAAAAAAAAAAAAGAAAACCACAACCAAAACCAUACAAACAACAAAGGCUUCUGGGAAAAAAUUCUAGGCCAGAGAGUCACAAAGUAGUUUGAAAUACACAACAGAAUCUCAAGUGCACAGCAAAGCCGUGUGUGCUGAUUUUGCCACAGUGCACCCGGAUGAGUAGUUGUGGGCAUCUCUGUACUACAGGUUCUCUGUCCUGUCAGCUCAGCAGCAGCUCAAAAGUCUCUGUCUCCUUCUUUUAUAGACUUUCCUGCUUCAUUCUUAGACUUUUAACUACUGUAGAUACUCCUGAUGCCGAAAGGGUGAAUCAGUCGGUUAUAUCCUCAUUCCAUAUGCUGUGAAUAACUGCUAACACAGAGCAGAAGAAUCCGUGAAAGCUGUGCACUGACACCUGUGACAGAUAACUGACAGUAAUUAACAUUAGUAACCAAGAUGGAGUACUGUCUACACAGAGCAAUCCAAACUAGUCAAAUACUGCUUAGAAAAAGAUACUCAAAUUACAGAUCUGGAGAGAUGAUAAUGACACCUUCACAGAUAUGUGUUUGGUACAACCAGAUUCAUUCCUUUUAAAAGUUCAUUUCAUUAGUGCAAGUGUAUAAACGCACUGUGCAAAAUGGUACUAAGUUCAGAAAAAAGAUAAAAAUCAUGAGCUGUAGUUAAAAAAUGUUUUGGAACAUCCGCACUUUAUACUGGACAACAGUUCCUGUGUGGGAAGCAGCAAUUGCUUUUUGCCCCUUCCUCCCUGCAGUGACCUGCUCUGUCCUGUCUAACAUCCCGUUUUGAUUGAGAUCGUGCAGACUGUGAAAGGGCUUUUCAAAUGCAGAUGGCAGGGAGUAAGUGAUCUUUCCAGACCUUUAGAGCAUUUGUGUCACCAGAAGAUAUUUUUCUGAACUGGAAAUAAGAAAUAUUUGGUCAGUCCAUUCUUUCAAAUGUCUUUUAUGGCAAAUCUAUAGAGUAUAACAGUGACUGGAGGUUUUUUUACAUUUUAUUAAUUUGUUUGAUUAAUAAAAUAUUUCUAAAAUGC